AUGAAACUUGACGAUGGAGGCCCAUUACGAAGUACUAGUAUCUAUGUUCCGCAUACCCCAGCGGCCGGAAGUCUCACCGGAAUCGGCCCCGGCGUGGAGACGACCCUGGCCCCUGUCGUCCUUGGCCUCGCCGGAAUCGGCCUCCCAAAUUCCAACAUCGCGCGCCUCCUAUCGCUCGUGCCAUCCAGGUUCCGCCGUAGGUACGUCGUCUCCAACCUACAGUACUGCCUGCUGCUCUACGGCUCCUACGAGAACCUCCUCCGAGCGUUGAAACUCAACAAUAGGCUCCUCACAUACAGCCUCGAGAGGAUCAUAAAGCCCAACGUCGCCAUCAUGCGGGACUGCGGUAUAGCUGACUGUGAUGUUGCCAAGUUGAUCACAGCUAUGCCGACGAUGCUCACCAUCAACCCGGAGCGCGUCCGGGUGUUGGUGGCUUGCGCCCAAGGUCUAGGCGUGUCCCCUGGCUCUCCGAUGUUCAGACACGCGCUGCACGCCGUCGCGUUCAUCGGUGAGGAGAACAUCUCCACGAAAGUGGACUACCUGAAGAAGACGUUCAGGUGGUCGGAUGAUGAGGUGCGUAUGGCUGUUUGUAAGGCUCCGCUGCUGCUCACCAGGUCCAAGGACACGCUGCAGAGCAAAUCAGAGUUUCUUAUCUCUCAGGUGGGGUUGGAACCGGCGUACAUCGCUCACCGGCCCGUAAUGAUCAGUCUUAGCCUGCAGGGCCGGCUCAGGCCCCGGUACUAUGUCCUAAAGUUUCUAAAGGAAAAGGGAUUGCUACAUCACAAUUUGUGCUACUAUACAAUUGUCAAGAUGACCGAGAAGGUACUCAUGGAGAAGCACAUAUCCCCUCGCAGUGAAGCCGCACCGCACCUCGCUCAAGACUAUGCAGCCGCUUGCAGAGGAGAAGUGCCUGCUAGAUUCGUAUUUGCUUGA